AUGGACUUCAAUAUCGACGAUCUGCUGCUGCUGGAGGGCGAUGAUCUGCUAAUGGACGGUGAGGAUGAGCUGCUGGAUCUGCAGGACUUCGUUGUGGACGAGGAUGAUCUGGAUGGAGGGCUUCUAGCGGGGCUGGAGGAUGAGCUUAUAGCGGAGAUGCAGGCUCAGACGGAUGCAGAGGCAGCUGCUGAGGCAGCCGCGAGGGCAGAGGAGGAGAAGGGCGAGGAGGAGGGGGGGAGCGAGGGAGAGGGGAAGGGGAGGAGUAAGAGGCGUAAAUGCAGCCGUGGGGAGGGGAAGGGGGGCUAUUGGGGGGCGUGGGGUGGAGAGAUGGAGGGCUUGCAGGAGGGGGAGGGGAGGGAGGUAAGGGAAGGAGGGGAGGGAGAGGAGGCGGCGCAUGAAGCAGCGGCAGACGGGCACGAGGGCGCUGCCUCUCGCCUCCACCAGCCGCCCUCCGCUGCUCCUGCUGUUCCUGAGAGUAACGCGCACGAGCCAGCCAAUGAGCAGCUGCCACCUGUCCAGGGUGUGGGCGAGCGGGGAAAGGGAGGGGCGGUGGAAAUGCACAGCGAGGGGGUGGGAGUGGGAAUGGGGGUGCGGAGGUCAAAACGGACCACUGCUGGGGUCUCGAGGAGGAGAGGCAAGGGGAGGGAGGCAGCGAGGAAGGGCAGGAAUGGAGAGGGGGAGGAGGAGGGGGAGGUGGAGGCGGGAGGAUCCAAGAGGAGACGCAAGGCUAAGAAGGGACGAGGCGAGGCAGUGAAAGGAGGGGGUGGGGUGAUGGGGGAUGGACGAGGGGCGAGGGAAGAGACGGCAGCGUGCAGAGGUGGCCGCGACAGUUCAGAAGCAGGAGGCGGCAAUGAGGGUGUGUCUCCCGCCGCUGCUGAUCCACAUGCCUUGGUUUCUUCUGCUCAUGGCUCGGAUGGUGCUGAUGGUGCUGCGCAUGGUGCAUCGACCUUUUCACCCCCAUCAGGCAGCCCUGGGGGGCGCGCCCAGCUGGCGGCGCUGCUGGCGUGUCACGUGCAGCUGGCAGUGCAGGUGUACGCGGCGUGUGUGCUGGACCCCUCUCGCUGCCAGGUGGCAACGGUGCUCAGGGGCUUGCUGGCUCAGCUGGCGCAGUGGGAGGGAGGUGCUACUGGGGAAGGUGGUAUUGCUGGGGUAGGUGGCAUUCGGUCAGGAGAUGCGAGAGGAGUGUCGAACAAUGUAUUAGCUGCUGAUGCUCCAGGGGUUGAGGCAUCACCCUCGCCUCCCUUGCAGCCUUGGUGCUCUCCACCCAUCCCUCCCGCUCCUCGCUCUUCUCUCUCAUCUUCUGUGACCUGCCUGGAAGCUCAUGGCUCUGCCGCUGCCAUAGCUCCCACUGCUACCGCCACUGCUGCUGCUGCCACUGCCACUGCCACUGCCACUGCCACUGCCACUGCCACUGCUGCAAGCAGCCACGGAGCAGCAAGGCCAGCAGCGCGGCUGGCAGAUUCGAUCCCCAGCCUGGCUCUUCUUCCUUCGUUCCUGCUCGCCAUCGACAAAGGCAGUGAUGCUGCUAUCCGAUCAGAAAGGGUGAUGGCAGGCAGUGAUGCUGCUAUCCGAUCAGAAAGGGUGAUGGCAGGCAGUGAUGCUGCUAUCCGAUCAGAAAGGGUGAUGGCAGGCAGUGAUGCUGCUAUCCGAUCAGAAAGGGUGAUGGCAGGCAGUGAUGCUGCUAUCCGAUCAGAAAGGGUGAUGGCAGGCAGUGAUGCUGCUAUCCGAUCAGAAAGGGUGAUGGCAGGCAGUGAUGCUGCUAUCCGAUCUGCUCCAGCAGCACUCCGUGCCAGUCCACACGUACUUGCAUCCGACAGACGAGGGAGUGAGGGGCGCAGGGCGUGUCGUGGGGGGCAAGUUGAAAGAAGCGGUGGUGAAGGAGGAGGGGAUGGGGGAGAGGAGACACUCGGGGAAGGAGUUGUAGAGGAGCUGUUGAGGAGAGGGGGGAGUGGGGGUGACGUGGGAAAUGGUAGGAAUGGUGGAGCAGAGCCGAUGGAAAGGAGUGAAGGACGGGGAAGAGGUGAGAGUGGUGGGAAAGAGUUGAAAGGGGUGGGGGAGGGGAGGGAGGUGGGGAAGGAGAGAGAGGUGCGGGAGUGGAUGGAGGCACAGGGCAUGUCAAACGAGAGGGUGGAGGGGGGAGAUGGGGAGAGGACAGAAAGGGUGGAAUUAGAGGAUGGCGAGAGGGAGGUGCGGCGUCAGCGAGAUGCAGUGGGUGGUGAUAGUGAUGGUGCUGUGCAGCGGCAGCGAGAUGACAAGGGUAGUCGAGAGCUUCCCCUGAGAGACAGCGUUGCUUGUGGGCGCGGAGUGGAGAAGGAGGGCGAGCAGGGGCGAGGAGGGCAGGACGAGAAGGAAGGGGAAGAUGAAGAAGAGGAAGGCGGACGGGAGGAGGUGGAGGAAACGGCGGUGUGGAGGGAGGUAGAGGAGGAGGAGGAGCGGAGGGCGGGGGUGGGCGAGGUGGUGCGGGUGCCAGGCGAGGUGGCGGCAGCACUGCAGCCGCUGGCAGGCGUGUUUGAUGCGUCGCUCUUCCCGGUGGUGCGCCCGCCCCUGCUGCACCGCACCAUCUUCUCCCCCGCUGAGGACUGCCUGCUGGCGAUGGGCGUGGAGCAUCUGGGCACGGACUGGGAGGCCAUUCACCGCCGCUUCCUGCCCGGCAAGACUCCGCACCAGAUCUCCAUCCGGUGGAAGAACCGGUGCUCCUCACGCGUGCCUGACAACCCCAUUAAGGCACUGAACGCAUGGAAGCUGGACUGGCACGCCAUGAGCCGCGCUGUGAUGCCCCACCGCGACCCCACACAGCUGCGCCGCCUCUUCUCCGAUGCUCUUGCUGCCCGCCGCCUCGCGCUUAGGCAGCAGCAACGAGAGCAGGAGGAGAAAAUGCAGAGAGAAGAGCAGAUGGAGAGAGAAAGGGAGUGGAUGGAGAGUCAACAGUUGCUGCAGAGAGAGCGAGAAUUGCAGAGAGAGCAAGAAUUGCAGAGAGAGCGAGAAUUGCAGAGAGAGCAAGAAUUGCAGAGAGAGCGAGAAUUGCAGAGAGAGCAAGCAGUGCAAAGAGAGCAAGAGGAGCAAAGAGAGCAAGACAGGCAGAGAGAACAAGAAGUGCAAAGAGAGCAUGAGUUGCAGGAGGAACAGAGGCGGGUGAAUGAGGAGAUUAGGGAGGAGGAGCAGAGGCAACUGGAGGGGGUUGGUCGGUUCUCAGGUGAAGGGCAUGGAGGUGACGAGAGAGGGGGCGAGAAGGGCGAGGGGGUGGCGAGUAUGGGGAGGAGCAGAGGGCAGGAGCAUGAGGAAGCAGGAGGAGAGCAGAAUGCAGGCAAAUGGUGUGAGGAGGUUCAUGCCAGGGAGCAGGCAGCAUGGCAGCAUGGCCCACGUGGCGACACAAGAGCUGAUGUGGCGGUCAGUGGUGCCACGUCAGCUGUCAUCAUACCAAAUACUACCACCACACCAGAUGAUCCCACACCAGAUGAAAUCGCAGCACACAGGAACAGAAGCAGCAGCAUAGGUGGCGGCACAAGUGGCGGCACAGGUGGCAGCACAGGUGGCAGCAGAAAAGGCGCUGCAGCAUGCCACGUGGCAUUCCAACAGCUCUUUCCCAACUGCCUGCAUCUGCUGCAGCCGGCCUUGCAGUCGCGCCCUCCCCAGGUGCCACCUGCCCGCCCUGACACUGUAGCGAAUGUGGGAUCGGUGCUGAGUCAGCCGCACCUGAUGCUGACGCAGCGAGCUUCAGAAGGAGGGAGGAUGGAAGGGCCAAGACCGGCCAAUGGGGAGGUGGCAUCCGGGGAAAGUGUAUGUGGUGGGGGAGAGGUGAGGGAAAGAGAGGUGAGUGGAGAAGAGGUGAGCGGAAGAGGAGCAUCUGUGGCGGAGGGUGAGAAAGGGGCUAUAGGAGGGGCUAGCAUGCUUCUGAGAUGGUCCCUGCUGCAACCGACAGUGCCACAGCCAGCAGUGGUACAAGCAAGGCCCUUGCAGCCAAUCUCUGAGGGUGCAGGAAGAGAGGGGCAGAGAGAACAGGAGGCGGUGCAGGAGGAGCAAGGAGGGGCUGAGAACGAGGUGGAAGCAGACGCGGGAGGAGGGGAGCCACAGCAGCAGCUAAUGCAGCAGCAGCAGCAGCAUUCACAGCAGCAGCAGCCGUUUGUUCAGUUUCGCGAGCUGCUGCUGCGGGAAGUUGUGAUGGGGACGAGUGGGGCUGGGCUCAUGGCGCCUGCUGUGACUCUGUCCAAUGUGACUGUAGCCAAUGUGACUGUAGCCAAGGUGACUGCAUUGCCCGAGGCAGCAGCACCCGUGGGAGGAGGGAGGGCAGCAAGAGACAGUGUAAUAGGGGAAGAGGAAGCGUGUGCUGCUACAGCUGAGUACAGCAGCCAGCGGGUGCAGCAGGGUCGACCGCCCAUCAGGCAUGCCUCUCUCCCAUUGCCCACCGCCCUCCAUCACUUCCCUCCCGUGCUUCCCUCUCACCAUCGCCUACAUCACCUCUUUCCUCCUGCCCCUGCCCACCAUCCCCUCCCUCCUCUGCGUCUUCUCUGCCCUCCCAUCCCGCUCCAUCCCCACCACACUCUCCUCCUCCACCUCAACCUCCCUCACCUCCCCCUCCCUUACCUCCCCCUCCCUCACCUCUCCCUCCCACUCCUCCCGCAUCUGCCUCAGACGAUCCGCCCCCCACCAUCUUCAUCCGGGCAGCCUUUCUCUCCUCGCAACCUCUCUCGUCACAGCCCCUCCCUGCUCAACUCCCUCCCCCUUCCACCUCACCACCACCACUACCAUCACCACUACCAUCACCUCCUCUUCUUCCUGUUCUCCUCUCUCCUACCAACUCAAAUCCACCUCCCCCAGGUGAACCUUCCACUCGCCCAUCGCAGUCAGCCCCUCCCUCAGAUGCACCUCUUCUGGCUGGUCCUGGCCUUGCUCCCUCUGCACUGCUCGCAGCCCUCUCUCCCCCGCUUUCUACCACCUCUGUCCCUGCACAGCCAAUGCGCGCCCUGCCCACAGCUGCAGCAAUGGACCACGGACCCCCUCGCCUUCCUCCCCAUCCCUCCUCUCCCCCGCUUCCGCAACUUCCCCCCUCUUCCUCUCCCCCUCCGGUCACAAUCCCCCACUGCAACCAGGCCCUUCCAACCUCUCACCUACUCUCACUCCCCUCACUCCACCAUUCCCCCAUCUGCAUCUUCUCACUCCCCCUUACGUCCCACCCCUUCCUUCCCCACGCACCCCCAUCCUACACUCCCCCUGCCCCGGUCUGCCUUCCAUACCCCAUCCAAACCCGCCCCUCCCACCGCCUUCCUCCCAACCACCCCUUUCUCUUUCCCUCACUCCACGCCUUCUCUCUCCCCAUCCACUGCCCCUCGCUCCACUCCACCCCUCAAACCCACACCCUGGCCCAGACCCCACUUGCCAUCCCCACCACAACCAGCACAACCAUCACAGCCAUCACAACCAUCACAAUCACCACAACCACCCUUGCAACCUCCUUCCAGGAGCGUUGUAGCAGGGAGCGUUGUAGCAGGGAGCGUUGUAGCAGGGAGCGGUGUAGCAGGGAGCGGUGUAGCAGGGAGCGUUGUAGCAGGGAGCGGUGUAGCAGGGAGCGGUGUAGCAGGGCGCGGUGUAGCAGGGAGCGGUGUAGCAGGGAGCGGUGUAGCAGGGAGCGGUGUAGCAGGGAGCGGUGUAGCAGGGAGCGGUGUAGCAGGGAGCGGUGUAGCAGGGAGCGGUGUAGCAGGGAGCGGUGUAGCAGGGAGCGGUGUAGCAGGGAGCGGUGUAGCAGGGAGCGGUGUAGCAGGGAGCGGUGUAGCAGGGAGCGGUGUAGCAGGGAGCGGUGUAGCAGGGGGUGCUAUAGCAGGGAGCGGUCUAGCAGGGAGCGGUGUAGCAGGGGGUGCUAUAGCAGGGAGCGGUGUAGCAGGGAGCGGUGUAGCAGGGAGCGGUGUAGCAGGGAGCGGUGUAGCAGGGAGCGGUGUAGCAGGGAGCGGUGUAGCAGGGAGCGGUGUAGCAGGGGGUGCUAUAGGUGCCACAGCCCUCUCUACCUCCUCCUCACGCACUCAACCAAUGCCACAGCUGAGCUACAGCCUCACCCACAGUCCAAACCAACGCUCUUGGCUUGGUUUGUCCAAGGCAGGCAGCGGCGGAGGCUCGGCACAGGUGGUUCGGCCUCGCCCCAUGCUGCCUGUGCCUGGCCAGCCCGCUAACUCUACUCCCAAUGACACCCUUCCCUCUGGCUCCGCCCCCACCGACCCCAUUCACCACCGUCCAUCCAUCCGAGCCGCCUUCCUUGCUGGCCGGCCUCCCGCCAUGUCCCCUGUUCCCUCGGCAUCUACUCCUGCUGCUACGCCUGCAUCUGCUGCUCCUGCCUCUGCUGCUGCUACUACAGCCAGCACGGAACGUGCAACGAGAUCGCAUGUUGCAGCACCGGCUGCCUCAGCCAAGGGAGCCUUACUUGGCGCUGUACAGCAAGGGAAGAUGGGCAUGAGAGGCGCUUUCACAGCCGCUCCAGCUGGGGAAUCAGAGCAACGAAAGUCAAGGAGAUGGGUCCCUGGGAGCACGGGUAGCAACAACCACAUGUCCUGCUCGGGCUCUGCGGAGGAUCCACCAGUGCCCUCGUCGCUUUCACUCUCGCUGUCCCUCUCCCCGCCUUGCCCCCGUUCUGCCCAGCCUCCGCGUGCUGUCGUGCCCUCCACAAUCCAAUAA